AUGACGAAUCAAGAGACAUAUCUCAAGGAAUGUGCCACCAAAGCUCAAGAUAUGCUAAAGAAACUCAUCAAGAAGAAUCAAGAACUCGAACUCGAUCUUCUGAUGCAUCAAUUGCAUCAAGGUCAUUAUAUUUUCCAACUCACCAACGGGGAACUGCACACAUUGUUGUGGAUGGUCGGAGAGAGGAUAAGAGACUGUCGAAAACGAAUCGAUUAUCAUCAACAGGUUCAUCGUCUUCCUCCUCCUCCUACUGAAUUUGUUCCUUCUAACUCUCCUCUGCUUGAAAUAGGGAGCAAUGAGAUGGAUCUGGUUGAUAAUGGAAGGAAUUUGAUAGAUCAAUGGUUUAUUGAUAUGGUGAUGAAUUUGAAUGAUAAAAUUGGGGGAAGUAGUAGUAAUAUGGCAGUGGAGUUAGGGUUUGUUCAAUCAGAAGUGAAUAUGGGCGAUUUGAUGAAUGGAGGAAUUUCAAUGGUGGGAAUCGGCGAAUUAGGCGGAACGAAAACGAUUCCUAAGCUUGUGAAUGACAUUAAUGGCGUUGGUGUUGAGGCUACUGUUAGUCAUAUGGAUUUCACUCACCAAGCGGGUUUUGGAAUCGGUGGUGACGUCAAUGGUGGAGAUGGAAGACUCUACUCAAGUACUAUCGAGUAUUGCAUAAAUUGA